CUAAGAACAUGACGGGAGAGUUUGAGAUGGCCGGAACUUGGUGGAGCUCGCCAAUAAACACCGCCACCUCCGUAUUCUCCGGCUACUCGCUGCCACGUCCCACUGAGAGUAGCCUCGACAUCACAGAUUUCGGGUGGCAAAACUUCGACAACAAAACUAACGAUCACAAUGAUGAUUUUAUUAACAUGCAUAACAGUUUCUUCGAAGGAUUAUUCGAUCCUAAUGAGCAAUUACUGUCAGAUUCUUGGCCUAAAACUACAAUUUCCGCGAAAUCAGAGCUACUCGAAAACUUUCCAUUCUUAGAUAACAUAUUACUGAUUGAUUCAGAAGCUCAUGAUCAGAUCAAAGAUCAUAAGUCUUUGGAGCAAACUACACAAGACUGCAUGAAUCUUACUUCAAAGAGGAGUGAAAGGACUGAAGAGUUAAAAGAGAACAACGAUGAAAACUCACCACGAUUAUUAAAAAGGGCAAGAAUGGAUACAUUAUCUCCAUUGCCAAGCUUCAAAGUUCGUAAAGAAAAACUUGGUGAUCGAGUCACUGCGCUUCAGCAAUUGGUUUCACCAUUUGGCAAGACAGAUACGGCUUCGGUUCUCAACGAAGCUGUUGAGUACAUCAAGUUUCUUCAAGAACAAGUCACCGUGUUGAGUAAUCCAGACCAGAACACCAGAGGAUCUGUUCAACAACAGCAGUGUUCAGACAAGAAAUCUAUCAACAGUUCUCAAGAAGAAGAAGAAUGUAGUUCAAGAAGACACCUAGACCUAGCGAGCCGUGGCCUAUGUCUGAUGCCGAUCUCAGCUUCAUAUCCAGUGGCUGCAGCCGCGGCUUCUGCUGCAGAGAUGAAACAUCUGACUUCUGGAAUCUUACAUUCGCGAUGAACUUGUAAAUUAGACAGAUACAUAAACAAAAAUUAAAGCUCUCUUUGGGAUAUAUCUUGUAAAGUUUAAUGUUUCUUUUAUGCAGUGUAAAUGUCCUGUAAUACUGCAAGGCCUAUAUUGUUAGUUUAUACUUUU